UUUAUUAUUUCCGUAGUUUCUUUCUUCAUAAAAAAUAAAAAUAAAAAUCUCUCGAUAAAUCGAGUCCUCCAAAAGUCGCAGAAACGGAAAAUUCAUGAACAUUGUCAGAUUACUUCUAUCGCUGUUUUGUUUUAGGGUUUUGCGCUGUUUUGUGCUCUUUGGAUUCCGCCUGAAAAUGAUCCGAUUGAUUGGGUUUCUCGCUCGUCGUCGAGAUCGAGGAUCCAAGAAGAGAGAACCUGUUUGGUUUUGCUACCCAAACUAUCACAUACAUACGGUGUCCUUUUCUCUCUCUGUCACUGCUGAUUCCGAUGGUGGUCAAGAGGAUCGUAGCAGAAAAGUAGUUCAGAUAGCCUCCCCCCUAAGGAGAAAGAGUCUGACGAGAAAGAUGCAAGAGAUGAAAGUGAUGAAGCAAUUUGCUGGGAUCUUGGUUACGUUUUGAAGCCUGACUCCGCGUGAAACCGCCUUUUUAAGGUUUGUGCUUCAGGAGGUGUUCAAAUGGUUAGAUUCUGAGGAGAUUACAAGUCUGGCAGACUUCCGUGACAGGUAUUAUGCUUCUCACAAAUCUCAUUGUAAUAAAUUGAGUCUUACGCAGAUAUAUAUUUUGUAGGCAGAGAGACUUCUGCAGUUUAUUUGACUAUUGAAUCUAUUUGUUUGUGUUAUCUACUAACCCUUUGACGAUCAUUCUAAAUAUAGGAAAUGACGUUCAUAUCAUUUUAUAACUAAUUUUGGUUCUUGCAUUCUGCAUUCUACAAUCUACAUUCAGCAUAAUGUUUUUUUACAAUUCUGCAUCCUGCAUCCUGCAUCCUGCAUCACGUCUGUACAAUUCGCAUCCUGCAUCCUGCAUUCUGUCUUUACAACUCUGCAUUAUGUAUUACACCAAAAAAACUCUGCAUUAUGUGUAUCAUGUCUUUAGCAUUCUGCAUCCUGCAUAUGUCUUUAAAUUCUUCAUUAUGUAUCGUGUGUUUGCAAUCUUGUAGUCAUAUUUGUAUGUCUAAUAAGUUCUGGCAUUCUGCAUCAUAGUUCAUAUACUUAUGAUUGCUGUAUUAUAUUCUAUAAAUGUUAUCUAUUGAAUUGGAUUUUUAAUACACACUGAUCAAAAAUAUAUUUUUUAUGGUGCUAGUGUUUAUCAUUAGUCGUACAUAGUUGGUGGUUCUGGAAAUUUACUGAAUCAUUGGUGGAUUUAUUUAGAAUGCGCAGUAUAUCGUCUCCUUUGUAGGCACAUCAUAUAUGCUGUAAUCUUAUUUAUUUCUGCUAAUAGAGUGGUUAAUUUGCAAGUUUUUGACUCAUUUUCAGUACAUAUUGUGCAUUGUAGCUUGAAAGUAAUUUCAGUUGUACUCUUUUAAUAUCUUGCACCUGGUCUUCUCCAUGAUUUACUCCAUAUGUAAUCUUCCACGAAGAUAAUUUUAUUGCUGUUUUUUGUUUGUUUAAUAUGGACAAUCUGAAUUUAGAUGUUAGUUUUGUUGAUAAAGAAAAUGCCUUCUAUAUAUUUUUUAAAGUUUCUUAAGAUGGUUCAUUAUUCUCUCAAACUAUUAUAUAAACUUGUUAGACCCAAAUUGAGAUUCUCUAAAUAAUCUAUGAUCUAAAUUCCGUAAUUUGACUUUAGUGGCAUGUGAACUAUGUUUUUUUCAAUUCACGAUUUGAAAAUGCCUUCUAUAUAUUUUUUAAAAGUUUUUUUUUGCUAAAGUAUAUUUUUUAAAAGUUUCUUAAGAUGUUUUAUUAUUCUCUCAAACUAAUAUAAAAACUUGUUCGACUAAAAUUGAAAUUCUCUAAAUAAUCUAUGAUCUGAAUUCCAUAAUUUGACUUUAGUGGUUGCAUGUGGACUAUGUUUCUUCAAUUCACGAUUUGAUAUUAUUGAUUCGUGGAUGUGUUCUAUGUUACAAAUUUUGCAUGCUUAAUUUUAUUGGUUUUGGCAUGAUCGAUGUUUUUAUUAAAUCAAACACUUGAAUCUCUUUUGACUAUGUUUGCUAAACAGUUUAAGGUUACGAGAUUAAUUAUUAUUGCAACA